AUGUGGACCAGUUUCUUCAAACUCCGGCUUUUCUGCUGUCUGCUUGCGGUGUUGAUGGUGGUGGUGCUGGUCAUCAAUGUCACUCAGGUAGAGUACUUGGACCAUGAGACGGUUUCAGCCACAUUCAUCGACAGCAGUGGACAGUUUCUUUCCCCCCAGGUGACAGGAAUUAGCCGAAAUCCCUACUGUGGCUAUGAGCAUCAGAUCCUCUCUGCCCGGGAGCGCAUGGAGGAGGACUCCUUGCUGGCGGCCUUGCAGUGGCAGGUGCCUGACAUGGGCCCAGUCCCCUUUGUUAAGAGCACUGACCCUUCUUCCAGCUACUUUGUCAUCUUGAACUCUGCAGCCUUCUUCAAGGUGGGAAGUCAACUGGAGGUGAUGGUUCAUGUACAGGAUUUUCAAAGACAGCCCAAGAAGUACGGUGGUGACUACCUGCAGGCCAGAAUCCACUCUCCUAAGCUUCAGGCAGGGGCUGUGGGCAGAGUGGUGGACUACCAGAAUGGGUUUUACAAGGUCUUUUUUACUUUGCUUUGGCCAGGCAAAGUUAAAGUAUCCAUAUCUCUGGUUCACCCCAGUGAAGGGAUCAGAGUUCUUCAGCAACUACAGGAGGAGAAACCAGACAGGGUUUAUUUCAAGAGUCUCUUCCGUUCAGGAAGAAUUUCUGAAACUACGGAGUGCAACGUGUGCCUUCCUGGGGGUCUGCCGCUGUGUAACUUUACAGAUCUCUACACUGGAGAGCCCUGGUUCUGCUUCAAACCAAAGAAGCUCCCUUGCAGCAGCAGAAUUAACCAUUACAAAGGUGGAUACCUGAAGGGCCUCAUAACUGCUGCAGAGAGUGCUUUCUUCCAGAGUGGUGUCAAUAUCAAAGUGCCAAUCAACUCCAGUGGACCUGAUUGGGUGACUGUGGUUCCCAGGAGAAUAACAGAUUUAGUGGAGUUUAACUUGGGUAGUCCCAAGAAUGUUGGUCCUUUUCUUGCGGUGGACCAGAAGCACAACAUCCUUCUCAAAUACCGCUGCCAUGGUCCACCCAUUCGCUUUACGACUGUCUUCAGCAGUGAGCUCCACUAUGUGGCAAAUGAGCUGAAUGGCAUUGUGGGAGGUAAGAACACAGUGGUUGCUAUAGCCAUAUGGUCUCACUUCAGCACCUUCCCCUUGGAAGUGUACAUCCGGCGGCUCAGGAACAUUCGUCGAGCAGUCGUCCAGCUCCUGGAUCGAAGCCCUAAGACUGUGGUGGUCAUCCGGGCAGCCAACCCCCAAAAGCUGGGGCCUGAGGUGAGCCUUUUCAACAGUGACUGGUACAACUUUCAGCUGGACACCAUCCUUCGGAGAAUGUUCUCAGGAGUUGGAGUAUAUCUUGUUGAUGCCUGGGAGAUGACCCUGGCCCACUAUCUACCCCACAAACUGCAUCCAGAUGAGCUUAUUGUGAAGAACCAGUUGGACGUGUUUUUGUCCUUUGUGUGCCCUGUGGAGACCUAG